GUCCAUAGUUCUCAUUAUUAUCAAACGCCGAAAGUUUUUCUUCCCGUCUACGCAUUCAUACGAUAUAAAAGAAGAGAUACAUAAAAGUCACCCGACAGUAUGCCUUCUGUCCAGUAAGGCUAUUGAAAAAAAGCGAUAAAGUACACUGAUUCGUCAUAACGCGACAGGUUGCGUUGACAUAUCGUGGUAGGCGCGGUAUACCGAGGAGGGAAGGUAGGCAAGGCAGCGACCUGGGAAAACACGUUUAGUUUUAGCCGAACAUAAGGGCAUGGCGGGAUGCCAGAGGAUGGCCUACAGGUGUAUGGCGAGAUACUCUCGCUUCUUCAAGAGCAGGUUGUUCCUCUGCCUUGUAGGGCUCGCUAUCAUGUGCGUCACUGUAUGGAGCUUCAGAGAGGAUAACAGGACUUUUCAUUCGGCUCUGUUAUCUCUAAAACAGCAUGGGGAAAGACAAAGCGGCCUGCUAAAAUACAAGUUCCUGAGCUGGAAACAAGAUUCAUCUUGGAGAUUACCUAGGAAGCAUAAACGCCCUGACCAAGACCACAUGGACGAGGCACUCCAACCUGUCCUGCCUCAGAUGAAUAACUUUGAACAACAGGGGCAGAAUUUUAAUCCUGGUCAACCUCAAGCCAUUGCCGAUCAAGGCCAGCGAAAUUGGGCACCUGAACCUGCCUUGCCUCAAAUGAGCCAAUUGGAACUAAAGACAGGACCCAAACAAGAUCAGAUAAACGGGGCUCCUCAGCCUGCUCUGGCACAGGAGCAGAAUGUUAAUCCUGGUCAGGCUCAAGCAGGACACGACCUAGGCCAGCUGAAGGCGGCACCUCAACCUGCUCUGCCACAGAAUGUUAAUCCUGGUCAACUUAAUGCAGCUGCUAAUAUAGGCCAGAUGAACGCGGCACCUCAACCUUUCCGGCCACAGAAUGUUAAUCCUGGUCAACCUAAUGCAGCUGCUAAUAUAGUUCAGAUGAACGCGGCACCUCAACCUGCCCUGCCACAGAAUGUUAAUCCUGGUCAACCUAAUGCAGCUGCUAAUAUAGUUCAGAUGAACGCGGCACCUCAACCUGCCCUGCCACAGAAUGUUAAUCCUGGUCAACCAAAUGCAGCUGCUAAUAUAGGCCAGCUGAACGCAGCACCUCAACCUGCCCUGCUACAGAAUGUUAAUCCUGGUCAACCUAAUGCCGUGCCAGACAUAGGCCAGCUGAACGCUGCGCCUCAACCAGCUCUGCCUCAAAUGAACCAAGUUGAACAACAUGGGCAGAAUCUUAAUCCUGUUCAGCCUAAAGCAGUUCCCGGUCUUGGCCAAGUAAACGAGGAAAAACAGCCCGUUUUGCCACAAGUGAUCAUGAACCAAAUAAUACCGCGGCUUGAGGAAUCUAAUCCUGGUCUGCGUCAAGGUGAAUCUCAGCCUGCCCAACCUCUGGUGAAGCAAGGUGUGCCGUCUUUUGUCGAUGAGGUGCCAGUGAUACUUUCGUGGCAUCCUCUAGGAGGAGUCCAAGAUGUCAGUAUUAUAUGCGGGCUUCGCAAAUGUUUGAUGGUAAAAGAUCACGAAGAGUGGAAAAAACACGACUAUAUGGGCAUCCUUUUUUAUGGAACUGACUUUGGCUCCGAAGGUCUACCCGUACCCCGAAAGCCGGGGCAUCUAUGGUCUGUUCUACACGAAGAAUCCCCAAAGAAUAAUGAUUGGUUGUUUUCCGCUAAAUCCGCCAUGUCUAUUUUUAAUCUGACGGCAACCUUCAAGCGACAGUCACAUUACUCCUUCCCUACCAUGUGGCUCCCCGAUGAGCGGGCUUUGACCGACACCCAGUACAUGGUGUCCAUCGCAGAGAAGAACCGCCUGAGAAGGGAAGGUCUGGCUCCUGUGGUGUUCGUCCACAUGGACUGCCACACAGCCUCCGACCGCAGCCACUACAUGAGACUGCUGAAUCAGUUCAUAAAAAUAGACUCCUACAGUGACUGUGAGCAUAACAAGGAUUUCCCUUCAAAUAACCUGACUUUCAAAACAUUGAAGGGCAUGGGACCUAUGAUGUCAGAUGGUUUCUUCAAACUUAUAGCGCAGUACAAGUUUGCCUUCGCCUUUGAAAACGCCGUCUGUGACGAUUACAUCACAGAAAAGUUCUGGAGACCACUACGACUCGGGGUUGUUCCCAUUGCUUUUGGAUCAUCUAAAAUUAAGGACAUGGCACCUACGGACCACGCAAUCAUCGAUAUCCGGGACUAUCAGUCAGUUCGAGAAGUAGCAGAUCUGAUUACUUCCCUUGACAGCAAUGAUGUGGAGUACAUGAAGUUCUUGGACUUCAAACAGACAGGUGUCACAAAUCCAGUAUUGAAAGAGGAGCUGAGGAAACGAGACUGGGGGAAUGGCAAACCUAUCCGUUCUUAUUUUCAUGGCUUCCAAUGUUUUUUAUGCAACAAGCUUCACGAUAUGAAAAUCCAGGUUCAAACUGGUCAACCGGUCACUCGGUGGUCCGGCCAGUUUGACCAUUAUGGAUGUCCAGCGCCAAAGUUAUUUGAUGACCAAGGCCGUUAUGUUUUAGAGAACAAUGGCUGGUUGGAACCGUACACGUACGCCAAUUUUUAUGAACGGGCGCUGCGCUAUCACAUGGACAAUAAUAUUAACGCAGAUGUGAGACAGAUACACAGGUAUGCGGCCAAGUUGAUGAGCCAAGCUGGCAGUGGUGGAAUCAGAGCUGCCUCAUAGGUCAAGCUUGUGGUGCUUCAGCUAUCUCAUAGUUUUUAUUAAUUCGGUUGCUUUCUUGAUAUUUUGAGGUUGUCGAUGACGUCAUCAGUGAGGUCAUUGGUUACGUCAUCAGUAAGGUCGUCUUGACGUCAUCAGUGAGGCCUUCGUGACGUAAUGGUUUUUCGUGUUGAGGGAACAGUGAAGGGACGUUAUGAUCACAAAAUGUACGCGGAUAUCGGCAAUCCACCCUCAACUAUCAAAUAUAUUGUAUUUGCAUUCUAUUAUAUUAGAUACCUUCGACCCUGGCAUUACCAUUGCUUGGGUUUGAAUGACGCUAAAGGGCGCUAAAUAGCUAUACAGUCAUAUUGUCUCCAUGAGCGAGAGAAAUGCAUAGCUUAGUUGCGAGAUGGUGAAGAAGAUAGUGAUUUCACUUCAAUUCUGAAACAACCCUUUCGGGGCGAAUGGGUCCUGGGUAUCUAUAAGAACAGGCAUACAUUGGUUGUUGCUUAACGCCGCACUCCAAUAUUACAGAUAUAUAUAAAUCACGUGGCUAAAAUCGCGAACAUCGAUCUACGUUACUUGGAUACGAUGAAUCCCCAUCUCUCUUUAUUUAACGCCACACUCCGGAAUAUUCCAUCUAUAUGUCGGCGGUCUGUAAGUACACGAGUCGGAACCAGUGAUUGACAUCAUGAGCAUCAUCCAAGCAUUUGGAAUACGAUGACAUGGAUCAAAUACGUCAGCCUGACCACCCGAUCCCGUUAGUCGCCUCUUACGACAAGCAUGGGUUGCUGAAGACCAGUCCUAACCCAGAUCUGCUCGGUGGCCAAGCAUGGGUUUCUGAAGGCAAUUCUAAGCCGGAUCUUCACGGGACGAUAGUAAUAGAAUGGGGAUAUAAUACAAUAGGUAAUUGAAGAUUUUGUGUGCAUAUUGACCAUCAAGUUUCGUA